UAAUUAGAAGACACUCUUCCCAUUUUUUUUUUUUCUCAAAAUACAAAAAGAAGAUCCAAAUUACCGUUCUUUCUCUUUACUUCUUCAAUAUCCUUUUCAAUCUUCAUCAAAAUCUUUGCAAUUUCUUGGUCUCCGAUUUACCGGAAAAAAAUGAAUCUUGGUUGCUUAGAAGAUUGCAUGUUUGUAUCAGACAAGCAAAGCUCGAAGACGGUUGUUGAUCAUCAGAGCAAAGAAGGGGAUGCUUCUUCUAAAAUUGGGAAGAAUAAAUCAUCCAAAGAUACCAGCCCCUCAGCAUUGAAUGUUCUAAACAAAUUUACAUCUCAAAUUAAGAAGCCUCCACACCGGAAGAAUUCUCCUCUGAACUGGUUCCCCCGGAAAAAGAUUGAUUCUUACUUGAAAAGGAAAAUAAAGAUGCUGCAGGAAGUAGAUGGCAUGAAUUUAACACUCGAUGAGACCCUAGAAGAUUCAAAUCCUCAUUACUGUAGAGUUUUGAGAGAAAAAAUGGCAGCAAGAGAGGCUGCACACAGGGCAAUGGAGGCUCGUAAAGCAGCGCUGGUGGAAGCAUCUUGGUGUAGAAUACUCCAAGCAGCCAGGAUUCGAAGCAAAGAGGCAGAAGAACUGAUGUUGAAAGCUGAGAAAACUGCGGCAGAGGCUUUUGAAUCUGCAACAGCUUUGGGAGUGAUAAUGUAUGAUAUUCCCAACUGCCCUCAGAGUACUUAUCAGAUUGAAACAUCUUCGGUAAAUAGAGCUGGUUCUACUACUCAUACUAUUAGAGCAUCUUUUGAAACAGCAUUUGAGGUGGAUAAACAAGUGGCAGCAGCUGUAAAGACUGCAUUCGUGAGGCUUGCAUUUUGUCCCUCUUUUAAUAAAGAUGAAUUCAAAGACCUUCUAAGGAAAAUCAAUGAGAAUCCAGAUACGGGUGAUAGCAAACUAGAGGCAAUGGAGUUCUCUUCAGAAUGUCAACCAGAGCGAGGGUCAGAACUUGAGACAUUGACUCAAAAAAAUGAUUUUAAGUCUGACGACUUCAAAAAGAUGUUGGCCCUGGAGACUGGACAGAAUAAAUUCAAGAGGAGGCAUUCUCUUGAAAAGUUUAACCAUGAAAAGCUUGUGGAAAUUAUGCUUGAGAGGCUUAAAUGUUUACAACAGGAUGAACUUUCAUCACUUGCUACAAUAGUUGCAACCUGUGGUUUAAAUGCUGCCUUAGCAGAAGUAGAAAACACUAAGCUACAUAAUCCAUGCUCCAUUGCUGAUCAUCCAUCUGCUUCAGCUCUUAAUUUUGCUCGAAGCACAUCUUCAAUUGGAGCAGGAACAGUAAGAAAAACUAACCAAACUCGACAAGUUGACUCGGAACUCCCUAGUCUGGACAAGUUUUUGGUUAAGCACAUGACCAAGCUUGAACGAGAGGUACAAGAAGCCAGAAGCAGAAGGAACGAGUCUAGGGAUGAAAGUGAGAAUACUCUCGUGAAGCAGUCUUUGAGUUUUGAGGAAGAGAUUCAGGAGAAAGAAAAAAUUUUCAAAGAGAAUUCUGGAGUGGACCAUAAAAUGUCACAUGCAGAUACUUCUGUUGAGGCCAUCCCUGACUUGGGAAGUAUAUUGGUUAAGCACUCGUCAGUGCUUGAAAGGGAAAUUCUAGAGGCAAAAAGGAAUUGUGGUAACACAUAUGAGCUCAAUGGCAAGAAAAGGGGAAGAAUGUCAAACGGGGUGCCUAGUCUGGAUAAGUUUCUAGUGAAACAUUUCUCAAGACUGGAAAGAGAAGUUGAGGAAGCAAGGAGCAGAAGAAAAAGUGAUCAGGUUGAGAAAGGCAAGGUGGCUAAUUUGGAGAAUGAAGUCCUAUCCGAGAAGAAUGUUCCCUGCACUAAUAGAGAAGUAUUUGGAAAAGAAAAUAUCAACUUGAACAAGGAAGUUAAUAGAACUGAAAGCGAAAAUAGCCUGGAUAAAAUCCUGGUGAAACCGGUGCAUAGGUUGGAGAGGGAAAAAAUGCAAGCCUUGACAUCUGAAAGCAAUUAUGGAAACCCUAGGAACCACAAAAAACAAGGACGAACCCAUGUCACAGAUUGUGAGAGCUUGGACAAGGUUUUAGUGAAGCAUGUUUCUAGACUAGAGAAGGAGAAAAUGAGGUUCAAUGCAAAUGAAGAAAUGGUGAAGGUAAAGAGGGGCGGUGUAAACAUGCAACCGGCGGAUGAACAGGGUAGUCUGGACCAAAUUUUGGUUAAACACAAAUCAAGAUUAGAGAAAGAGAAGAUGGCCACCACCGAGCAACCAAGAGAGCAGAUUGGAUUGUCUGUAUCUCGUAAAGAAGCAAGGGAGAGAGAGUUGCAAGAAGCAUGGGGAGGCUUAAGCUUAGGAAACUCCAUUCGGCCACAUGUCUCCAGACUUGAACGAGACAAGGCUGCUUGGAAAAAAGCUGAAGAGGAGGAAAGGAUGCAGGCCACGAAGGAGGUGUAGGCCAUAUCUCAUUUUUUAUUUCUUCAAUAGUCAAUUUGUUCAAAAAUUUGUAAUACAUACUGCUUUGAACUCUUUUCUAUCUCUGUACGUAAAAAAUAUGUCAAAAUUUGUUUGUCCAUAAUAACAAGGAGGAGCUUUUUACUCUGGAAAUCCAAUUGUCAAUUGACUAGUACUCUGUGUUUCUAACUUUUCUUCUGCUGAAAAUGAACAUUAAGAAUUGAAUUAGAGAACUUUUGAUUUGGAUAUUUUAAUUUAAUAAAUUUAAUUAUUAUAAAGCAAACAUUUUCUUGUCAAUUUCAGACAAUCCAAAUAUUACAACU